CUUAUAGCAAACAACAGCAAGUUCCUGUCUGACUUUGGGAUACGAAAUGGUAGCCGUCUGCAAGUGGAUGACUUUCUGCAGGAUUACACACUCCUGGUUAACGUGAUUCACUGGUAAGAGGAUAUGUAUUUAUCCGUGUGCUGUAUAGGCCUUUGCAUUUGCAUGACUAAUGCAAAUUUGUUUCCCUAAUGUAAAUGUAUUUCUGUGCUUGUCUGGAAAAGUGAGGACUUAGAGAAGGAUGUGGAGUUUGAGGUGGUGGGUGACGCCCCUGACAAAGCCCCAACCCCACCCAGCGCACAAGAAGAGGACAAGAAUGUUGCCAAUGGCAACAAAGACUCUGCAGAACCAUCCACCUCUUCCAAAGGUGAGCAAAACUGACAUUGACUACAGAGAUGGACUAUUUUAGACUACAUCUAAUAAUUCAAAUCCUGGUCAUAAAUCACCUGUCCUGUCCUUAAACCAUUUUGUUUAUAGUACUGAGAAUCAUGUGUAGCCAUGUUUAUUUUGUUGCUGAAUGUAAACUCUAAAAGGGUAAAUGUCAAUCGUCUCUCGUCUGACUUUCUCUUGCUUUCCUUUCUCCUCUUAGCCCCUGCUGAGCAGGAUGAUGUUCUGAUAGUUGAUUCGGACGAGGAGGAGCCGUCCUCCAGCACUAUGGAUGUCAGCAUGGAGUCAGGAGGCCACAAGAGGAAGCUCCAUGAUGCUGAGACAGGCGAGGCUUCAGCCAAGCGCCAACGCCUGGAUCAGCCUUCGGCCGGCGAUGAAGACGAUGAUGACAUCAUUGCACUAGACUAG